UACUACUUGUAGGCCUACACCACUUUGCCCAUGGCAGAAGGUUACCAUGAGAUCCCAAAGCAAAACGAUACUUAGCGUUUUGAGCCCACCAAAAGAAGAGCACAAUUAUCCUUAGUAGACAACCUUAGCAGAAGGUUUAAUGGAGGCAAGCAUAUAUAUAUAUAAAUGGCUUCCAUCUUUAUGCAUGCAUUGAUCCUAACCAUGGCGCCUCGUUCUCGCUCCUACGAAGAUUACGAGCCGGACUUUAAGUGGGUUCGGGGAGAAUCCCUCGACACUCUUUUCAUUGUUCUUCCUGGUUUCAAGAAGAACCACAUCAAGGUGCAAGUCGAGGCUAACGGCUUCUUGACGGUGGCCGGAGAACGACCGCUCGAAGGCAAGCGAUGGCUCCGGUUCUGGCAGGAGUUCGAAAUGCCGGACAACUGUGACGUCGACUCUGUCCGGGCCAAGUUCCAGGGCGAGAAGCUUUACGUCCGCCUCCCGAAACUGAGCACUCCAGCCGACGACGACGACGACGCUCAAACUCCGCCCAAGGUGGCGGCGAUGGAAUCACCACCAGGCAGCGGCCGACACGACACGCCGAGGCCGAAUGAAGGCAGCGUGGUUGACGCAAGAGAAGAGAAGGAGGAGGAGGAAGAGAAGAAGAAGCAACUCAACGGAGAGACAGAAUAUGGAUCGGAUGGCAUGGGGUUGAGCGAGACCAGCAAGAUCACACUGCUGGUGAACGUGGGUGUGGCCGCCCUGUUCUUUUUCUUGCACUGUAUUUGGAUUAUAGAUUGAUGAAGGCACUUUGAUGUCUAAUUUAUCGAACAAUAAUAAUCACAAGGAUUCGUGAAA